AACCGACCACUGCUGUGGCAUACCUACCUAAGGUAUUGAUCUCGGCGAUUUCACCAAGGCCAAAUUCGUGAAUCGUUGUCGUCGUCGUCGUCGCCAUCGCCGUGUCAAUGCAUCGAUAACGAAAUAUAUACACUAACACAAGAUACUUCAUACACGUCUCACUCACUUAAACACCUAUAGCACCCACGCGCACCCACGUCACGUCACAUACCUGCAGCAGUUACUGCUGCACUAUGGGUCACCCGUUGUACUUGUCGCUGUUGGCCACCACAAUCUGUCUGGCCACUUUGUUGGCCACGUGUCCCACGUUGGCCGUUGGUUGGCCGAUUGACAGCAGUUUUUACGACGAGAUCAAGCGCGUAGUGUACGGUGGAGAUAACGUCGACGACUCUGCCUCCACUGAAUCAUCACCACCGCCGCCACUUUCGUUGCCGUCAUCGUCACAGACACAGGACAUAAAUAGGCCCAUAGAAGUAGAAGGAUGGCCAAGGAGUCCGAUACCCCGUCUCGGACAAGUGAGCGGGGUGGCAAUAAACACGGUCGGACAGCCUGUGAUUUUUCACCGGGGAAGCCGUGUCUGGGACGAAAACUCGUUCAACGAAACAUUUCACUACCAACAUAUAGAGGAAGGUCCCAUUUUAACAAACGCCAUAGUCACUCUGAGUCCGAAAACUGGUGAAGUUUUAUCCAGCUGGGGAGCAGGUUUCUUCUACAUGCCUCACGGCAUCACAAUAGAUCACCAAGGGAACGUAUGGGUCACAGAUGUGGCUAUGCAUCAAGUGUUUAAGUUUUCGCCCGGAGCGCCCAGAGCGUCAUUAACCUUUGGCAAGAGAUUCGAGAACGGCAAGGGAUACAGGACAUUGUGUCAACCUACUUCUGUGGCCAUCGCUUCGACCGGUGACAUUUUCAUUGCCGACGGAUACUGCAACUCUAGAGUUUUAAAGUUCACAAGCAGAGGAGAGUUGCUACGAGUUUUUCCACAUGCCAACGAAUUUCUAAGCCUUCAAGUACCACAUAGUCUGGCGUUGCUCGAACAACAUGACCUCAUCUGCAUUGCUGACCGCGAAGAUAUGAGAGUCGUGUGCAGGGGCGCCGAGCUUUCGACCGAAAGCAAAGAACAGGCUCCGUUGACGAUUCAACAGCCAGACUUGGGACGGGUGUACGCGAUAACCAAUCACGGUGAUCUAAUUUACGCCGUCAACGGACCUACGUCACCUCUAAUACCGGUACAAGGAUUUACUAUAAAUCCUAUGACCGAGAACAUAGUCGAUCACUGGACACUAUCAAAAAAUACGACUAUCAAAGUGCCGCACGACAUAGCGAUCUCAAAAGACGGAUCGUCGUUGUACGUAGCUUCCAUCAAUCCGAACCGCAUCAUGAAAUAUACAAUGGCGCCAGUUACUCCAUUGAAAUCCGAAUAAUCUCAAAACUACACAUUACAAUAUUUAUUUUAUUCCAUAGAAUUAGGACACAAUAUAUUCAUUAUUCGAUUAUUGUUUAAUGAAUAUAUAAACAGUAUAUUGGAUGAUCCAUUAAAUUUUCGAUUGAACAAUUAAUUUAAUAAAAUUAAUUAUAUUGUUACAAAUAGCCAGUAGAAUAUAUUUUCCUAAAUUCUGUUCGGUUUACUUAUAAUAAAUAUAAUAUAUUAAAUAGGUACAUAAUGCAUAGUAUGUGAUUAUGAAAGUAUCAGUGUAUAUUAUGUAAGUACCUAUUGGUUAUUACUUAUUACCUAGAUACAUUGAAAUAUUGAAAUAUUAAAUGCAUUGGGAAUACAAUUAUA